AUGACAUCCGUAUCGUUUCUCGGCAACAACCAGGGGAUCCAGGUCGGAGAUAAUCAUGGUUUGAUGGAGUUCCAUCUGCCUCCAGGUAAGUUAGAGGAGCGCGAUAAGCUCGCCGUUGUGGCUAAUCGCCGUAUCCUAGUGCGACCGGAAACUCCACCUAGCCCUCUAUCAACUGUCCCGUUCGCGCGUGAUCCAGAAUUUGUCAGUCGCGACACUCUACUUCAUCAGAUCCACGAGAAAAGCUCAGUACCAGGAUCAAGAAUAGCACUGGUCGGCCUCGGCGGUGUUGGGAAAUCGCAACUCGCCAUUGAAUACUCCUAUCACGUCCGAUCCCAAUCGCCGGCGACAUGGGUUUUUUGGGUCCAUGCGAGUAAUAAAGCCCGGUUCGAGCAAAGUUUUCGGGAUAUCGCAGACCAAAGUAAAAUCCCGGGCCGUUAUGAUCCUAAAGUCAACAUAUUUAAACUUGUUGAGAAUUGGCUUCGGGGUGAGAAUAGAGGUAAAUGGCUUCUGAUCCUUGAUAAUGUUGAUAAUGAUGAACUUCUCUGUCCGUUUUCGGUGGUAGGCAAGGAAGAUCCGAUAAGCAGCCGAGUAAACGCCUUAACAAAACCACUAUUGGAAUAUAUUCCUAGGAGCCAGAAUGGAUCUACCAUUAUCAAAAGCCGCAACAGAGAUAUUGCAUUAAAGAUGGCCGGUUAUAAGGACCUAAUCGAGGUUAAACCGAUGGAGGAAUCCGAAGCGCUUAAGCUUCUCCAAAGGAAGCUUGGUCAACUAAAGCAAAGCAAAGAGAGUCAACAAUUAGUGAAUAUGUUGGAGCUUAUGCCGCUAGCGGUCAUACAGGCCGCGAGCUAUAUUCGAAACCGGGCGCCUCGCUAUUCGGUAUCACAAUACCUAAAAGACUUCCAAAGGAGUGAUCAUGAAGCAAUAAAGCUUCUGAAAAAAGAGGCAGGUCACCUCUAUCGGGACUGGGAAGCAAAAAAUUCAAUCAUGGUGACAUGGCAAAUAUCAUUCGACUAUAUACGCCAAACCAAGCCAUCAGCAGCAGAUUUACUUUCUCUCAUGAGCUUAUUCGAUCGGCAAGGGAUACCAGAGAACCUUCUCCGGCAUCAGCCUAAGGCCAACGACGGCUCGAUUUUAGAGCUUCCAAAUGACUUUAAUGAUGAUGAUGGGACGUCUGAAUCUGAUAUGGGACCUGAGUUUGAAGAUGAUAUCACGGCCCUGAGGGAUUUUUCGUUUAUAUCUGUCAGUGAGGAUAAUAGUUUCUUUACUAUGCAUCGGCUAGUGCAACUAACAAUGCGCGCGUGGUUGAAAUCUCAUCAACAAAUAAAUCGAUUCCGGGAGAGAUUCAUUAGUACCUUGUGUGAUGAGUUUCCCACAGGUGAAUAUGAGAACUGGGAGACGUGCCAGGCGCUAUUUCCUCAUGUAAAAUCUGCAAUAUCACAGCGACCAAUAUCACCAGAGUAUCUACAGCAAUGGGCUUUAUUGCUCUAUAAAGGUGCAUGGUAUGCGUGGCAAAGUGGCAAUAUCGCGGAUAUGAGAGAAAUGGCAGCGAAAUCAAGGAACGAAAGAGUGAUCUUACUAGGUGAAGAGCAUAAAGAGGCCCUUGAUAGCACAGGCAUAUUAGCAAUAGCAUACUCGCUUGAUGGCCGAUGGCAGGAGGCCGAGCAGCUCGAGGUGCAGGCCGAGCAGCUCGAGGUGCAGGUAAUGGAGACUCGCAAGACGAAGCUUGGCAAGGAUCAUCCUGAUACGCUGACGAGUAUGGCCAACCUGGCAUCGACAUACUGGAAUCAGGGCCGAUGGCAGGAGGCCGAGCAGCUCGAGAUACAGGUGAUGGAGACUCACAAGACGAAGCUUGGCAAGGAUCAUCCUGAUACGCUGACGAGCAUGGCUAACCUGGCAUCGACAUACUGGAAUCAGGGCCGGUGGGAGGAGGCCGAGCAGCUCUUUAUGCAGGCGAUAGAGACUCGCAAGACUAAGCUCAGCGAGGAUCAUCCUGAUACGCUGACGAGUAUGGCUAACCUGGCAUCGACAUACCGGAACCAGGGCCGGUUGGAGGAGGCCGAGCAGCUCUUUGUGCAGGUGAUGGAGAUGAGCAAGACGAAGCUCGGCGAGGAUCAUCCCCACACGCUGUCGAGUAUGGCCAAUCUUGCUUUCACCUGGAAAUCUUCAGCUCACGAUGUUAAAGCCAUCAAUUUGCUACGAGAUUGCUUAACCAAGCAGAAGCAAGCACUCGGCUUGAAUCACCCUACUACUUUGUCUACUUCUGAAACAUUGGUAGAAUGGGAAACGGAGCGCUUAGAUAUGAAUGCCUAG